ACUGUGCUUGUCUAUAAAACGUUCGAAACUGAAUCUUUAAGUUUUAAAAUUAUUAUCAGGAAAACGUUAAAAAACACUCUUCCAAAAUGUCGUAUAUGCUGGCACAUUUACAUAACGGAUGGCAGGUAGACCAGGCUAUUCUCUCCGAAGAAGAUCGUGUCGUGGUUAUCCGAUUUGGCCACGAUUGGGACCCUACCUGCAUGAAGAUGGACGAGGUGAUGUAUAGCAUAGCGGAAAAGGUGAAAAACUUUGCCGUCAUUUAUCUGGUGGACAUUACAGAGGUUCCGGACUUUAAUAAAAUGUACGAAUUGUACGAUCCCUGCACGGUAAUGUUCUUCUUCCGGAAUAAGCACAUUAUGAUCGAUUUAGGAACCGGUAAUAAUAACAAAAUUAACUGGCCCCUGGAAGACAAGCAGGAAAUGAUUGACAUCAUCGAAACGGUCUAUCGAGGUGCACGGAAAGGGCGGGGUUUGGUGGUAUCUCCUAAGGAUUACUCUACGAAAUAUAGAUAUUAAAAUUUUACUAUAGUAUAUAGAAUUUGACUGUGCGAAUAUAUAAAUUAAU